AAUUUAUUCUGUUCUUGUUGAGCACCCCUACUUGGGAAUGUGAUGAUUUUUGUUCACACUGGCACCACUGAUUAUUGAGAAAAGUUUUGGAUUUCGUUUUAGAGUGUAGCAUUAAACAAACCCGAAAAAGGUCAUCGAUAUCGCUGCGAUAAAAUUGAUAACUUUAAAAUUCAGAUAAUUGUAAUUUGAAGAUGAGUUGAAAGAUUCUAGAACUUGUGAUUAUUGGGAAAUUCUGCUCAAAUGUCGAGAAUCGUCUAUAACAGCACGCUGCCGGUUGAUGGGGCACCGGAGAUGAUUACCAUCAAAUGUGAACCACAUUCGGACUACUCGCAAGCCACCGGUAUCGAUUCGUCGGAAAACCGUGCCCUAACCCAAAUUAAGGAAGAGUACGAAUCCGUGUUUGCCUGCAAGCUGUGCUACAUGGCUUUUGAUCAAACGGAUGAGCUCACUAUGCACAUGACCGAAUGUCAUGCUCUCGAUGGUCAUGAUAGGCCGGGUCCCAAACGCAUUGCUGGAAUUGAACAAAUUAGCAGUAAUUCGGGUGCUCUGGAAUUAGAAAAAGUUGAAUCCAGAACUGUCAGUCCUGACCAGCAAAAGAAGGUCAACUUUGCCCGGAGUAGUAUCGACAAAUCUAUAGACCAAAGCAUACCAACGUUGGACCAUCCGAGCGAGGCAAGUUUCGUUUGCGAGCAGUGUGGUUUGGUUUUCGAAAGCCGGAAGCUCUUCGCUGACCACAGUUGCCGAACGCAAAAAUUUGCCUGUGACCAAUGUAACAACAAAUACAACCAAAAGACCUCCCUGGAGGAUCAUUAUGCGGCCAAACAUGUCAAGAAACCUCGGUAUGCGUGUGAAUUUUGCGGGAAAGAUUUCUUUCGCAAGCAGGAUUAUUGCACUCACCGCAAGUGUAAGCAUGUGAAACUUUAUGCCGAGCUCGUUGAACAGCAUGGUGGUCAUCAGGUGCCUGUAAAUGAGCUUUACUCGAUGGAUGGAUGUACGGUUAAACCGGGAAGCAUCAAGGAGUCACAAUGGUUCGGUAAAACGGAUACGUCGGCAAAGGAUUCCGGAACAGCGGAAUAUGAAUGUGAUGCAUGCGGCAACAAAUACGUCCAGAAAAGUAGCUUGGAAGAUCAUUACGCAACGCAGCACGUGAAAAGGCCUCGGUAUGGGUGUGAGUUCUGUGGAAAACCUUUUUAUCGGAAACAGGAUUACUGCGCACAUAGAAAACGAAAACACGCCAAGGAGUAUGCCGAACUGGCAAAGAAAAUUGGCAACCAUCAGGUUCGCGUUAACGAACUGUACUCGAUGGAUGGCUGUACGGUAAUUGAGAUAAGCGAGCUGAGCGAACAAAAGAUUAAAAAGAAGAACCGUACCGUACAGUGCCAGCUUUGUAGUCAGAAAUUCAGCGGUAAGAUCAACCGAGACGUCCAUAUGCGGAUAGCUCAUCCAGAAAAUAAAACCUACUCGUGUGAGCAAUGUGAAAAACAAUUCGAACGGAAAGACGUCCUAGAAGAUCACUUUAUCGUGUUCCACGUGGAAAAACCACGGUUUGAAUGCGAAUUCUGUGGGAAGCAGUUUUAUCGUACCAACGAAUACAGUACCCAUCGAACCAAACUGCACCCAAAAGAAUACGCCGAGUUGGUCCGGUUGCAUGAAGGACGGAUGGUUCCUUUAAAUCAUCUGUACACGAUCAACGGAUGCGUAGUGACGUUCAUCGACAAGCCAAAACCGUUGUAUUCAGGUUUCGGUACAGCAGAUGCAAAUCUGCCAAGUCCGUCAAAUGAAACUGAGAAAAACGUGAUCCACAAUUCAGACGUGCCUCCUUGUGAAAUUUGUGGAUUAAUUUCUCUCAACCAGGAGAGUCAUGUAAAGCAUCUAGAAGGGCAUCGAAACGAUUUCCUGUGCGAGUUCUGCCAAAAACGGGUUUGCGGCAGCGUAAAAGUUUGGCACAAGCGGUGGCACGAACAGAUGCAGUCUCGCAAGCCGACCGAUCACAGCAAGUUUUGUCAGAUUUGCGGUAAAAAGUUUGGACGAACCGAAGCGUUGGCCCUACACCAAGCGAUGACGUAUGGAUUGUUUGAUGAAACGUGGGCAAGCAACGAGAACUCCAACUGGCAGUUUCGAUGUGAUAAAUGUCACUAUCGUUUCCGGUACAAACAGAUAGUAAAAUUUCACAGGUGCGACGGCAUCGAUAAGACCAUAUUUGAAUGCAAGAUGUGCGAGGCAACGUUCGAUCGGGCCGAUCAUCUAUUGCAACACAUUUCCGAGAAGCACGAAAUGGAUCCGGAAACGCAACAGAACAGCAAGUUCAAUUGUGGUUGUGGGACUAGUUUCAGGUACAAAAAACGGUUCAAUAAUCAUAUGAAAAGCUGUAUUGGCGUACCAAAAACUAUUUCCGAGGAUAAACCCCCCGAGAAGCCAUUGACUUAUAUCGGCUAUCAGAUUCAGUGUACGAUAUGUUCGAGAAAGUUUCCGAAUGAAGUCAAACUAAAAAAGCAUCUUCGCACUGUGCACCGGACGGAAAAGAAAUUCAACUGUGAUAAAUGUAACGAUAAGUUUAGAUUGAAAACCGAUCUGGAGUGUCAUUAUUCGAUCAAACAUCUGGUCAAACCCCGGUUCGAGUGUGAGUUUUGUGGAAAACAGUUCUACCGGGGUACGACGUACAGUAAACAUCGCCAGACGGAGCAUCCGACCGAGUACGCUGAACUUGCGACGAAGCAUGGCAAUCGACCAAUUCCAUUCAAUGAACUGUACACUUUGAACGGAUGUAUUUUGUUGGAAAACGAAAGAACUAUGAUUUUAAGUUAGGCUUUGACGCUAGGGCUGUGGGUCAGGUGCCCCCGUUUUCUUAUAAAGAAUAAAUCUGUAAAUUAUGA